AAUUACUUAAAACUGUAGUUGACAAACGAAUCGGUUUAGCAGCUAGCCUCAAACCAGCAAAAACCACAUAAGAGUUUAUGGUGUGAGAAGAUGGCAAUUUGUUAUAGUUAAGUGUUUCUUAAACACGUGUGGACAGUACAAACACGAGGCCCCACAGGACUACUGUAGUAGAUUUCUGUGAGGCUAACGUAGGAGAGGAUGCAGGUGAAGAAGCAAAGGGACCCGGACCGGAGCGGCGGGGACAUGCUGGAAGCAGACGGUCCCCGCAAAAACUCCUCGUGCUUCUCAAAUAUCAAGAUAUUCUUAAUAUCGGAAUGCGCCCUGAUGUUGGCACAGGGCACCGUCGGAGCAUACCUGGUGAGUGUGCUGACCACCCUGGAGCGGCGGUUCAACCUACAGAGUGCUGACGUCGGAGUGAUAGCCAGCAGCUUUGAGAUAGGCAAUCUGGCACUUAUCCUGUUUGUCAGCUAUUUUGGGGCUAAAGCACACCGGCCCCGUCUGAUCGGCUGCGGUGGCAUCGUCAUGGCACUCGGCGCUCUGCUCUCAGCUUUACCCGAGUUUCUAACAAAUCAGUAUGAGAUAGGGGAAGUGUGGAGGACUAAUGAGGGUCGGGAUUUUUGCUCCAAUAGUAGCAGUUCAGAGGCUCAGCAAGCGGAGAAAAAUGUAUGUGACAACAAGGCCAACACCAACAUGAUGUACCUGCUGCUGAUCGGAGCCCAGGUCCUGCUGGGGAUUGGAGCCACGCCAGUGCAGCCCCUGGGGGUCUCCUAUAUCGAUGAUCACGUAAAGAAGAAAGACUCCUCACUCUAUAUAGGAAUCCUCUUCUCUACACUGGUGUUCGGACCUGCCUGUGGCUUCAUCCUUGGAUCGCUGUGCACUAAAUUCUAUGUGGACGCCAUCUUCAUUGACACCAGUAAACUGAACAUCACUCCAGAAGACCCGCGGUGGAUCGGGGCCUGGUGGGCAGGCUUCCUCCUGUGUGGUGCCUUACUCUUCUGCUCUGCUGUCUUGAUGUUUGGCUUCCCUCAGUCGCUGCCAGCAAGGGAGCGGGAGGAGGGAGCAGAUAGCGAGCAGGUUAUGCUUCCUCCCUCUCUGAGCUCAGACUGUGAGACUCCUAAGCCCAGCAACGGAGUCGUAGUUAACCAUGAGCCUGCCAAUAGCCCCACCUGCUGUCAGCAACUCAGGGUGAUCCCCACGGUUACCAAGCAACUCCUGUCGAACCCUGUGUUCACCUGUAUCGUCCUGGCGGCCUGUAUGGAGAUCGCCGUCGUAGCCGGCUUUGCAGCCUUUCUGGGGAAAUAUCUUGAGCAGCAGUUCAACCUCACCACCACCUCUGCAAAUCAGUUGUUAGGUAUGACAGCUAUUCCAUGUGCGUGUCUGGGGAUCUUCAUGGGUGGUCUGCUGGUGAAGAAGCUGAAUCUAUCAGCGCUGGGAGCAAUCCGAAUGGCCAUGCUGGUCAACCUGCUGUCCACCGCCUGCUACGUCUCCUUUCUGUUCCUUGGCUGUGAUACGGGUCCCGUCGCAGGAGUGACCAUCCCGUAUGGCAACAUGACCCUGCAGGCGAGCAGGAAACCAGAAGCUCAGUGCAACAGUCAAUGCAGCUGCUUCACCUCCUCCAUCAGCCCUGUGUGCGGCUCCAACGGCAUCACCUACCUGUCCGCCUGCCUCGCCGGCUGCAGCCGAACUGGGAUCCCCGCAUCCAACAUUUCUCAGAAUCUGACCGGCUGCUCCUGUAUAUCCAACGACAGCGAAAGUGCCACGGCGGUUCCCGGGAAAUGCCCAAUGUCGGGAUGCCAGCAGUCUUUCCUCAUCUUCCUGUGCGUGAUUUGUGUCUGCAGCCUGGUCGGAGCCAUGGCCCAGACUCCCUCUGUCAUCAUCCUAAUCAGGACUGUGAGCCCUGAGCUGAAAUCAUACGCGCUCGGUGUGCUGUUCCUUCUGCUGCGACUCCUCGGAUUCAUUCCCCCUCCUCUGAUUUUUGGUGCUGGGAUCGACUCCACUUGCCUUUUCUGGAGUUCGGACUGCGACAAGAAGGGUGCCUGCCUGUUGUACGACAACGCGAAUUACAGGCAUCUCUACGUGAGCCUGGCCAUCGUUCUCAAGGGUGUCGCCUUCCUCCUUUACACCACCACGUGGUAUUGCUUGCGGCGGAACUACAGGAAAUACAUCAAAAGUCACGAGGGCCACUUGACGCCAACUGAGUUUUACCCGUCCCUCACCGACGGCCCCAAAGUCGUCGACAGGACGAAGUUUAUAUACAACCUCGAGGACCACGAGUUUUGUGAAAAUAUGGAGUCGGUUUUAUAAUUUGUAAAGCAAAAAAAGGACAAUAUGGACAUUUAAAUGACUAUUUUAGGAAUGUAGUUUUUUCUUCUUUGUUAAAUUCAAGAGGUUUUGAUAAAGGCGAUCUAUUUUACGGCCCGUUGAGGUCCUGGUGGCUCUCGACUGCGCUACACGUCCUCGAUAAAAUCAAAAGGGUCCACUGUAGUUGUUUACGUCUGAGCGAGGUGUUGUCAGGUGUUGCCAGUGAGUUCCCGUGUUGACUCUGUGGUAGAAGACGAGCGCAGUACCGUCCCACUCAGUCCUAGUCUGUUAUUAGUGAGUGGACAUGAUGCUACUACAAACUAUAGUUGCCAUAUUGUUUUAGGUCCGUCACGAAUCCAGUGACAGUUUCCUUUCAGUCAGCACUGUGUGUUUUUGUUCCGUCACUCUUCAAAAUGACAGUUUUAUGGUUAAAAAAAGAAAAGUUUGGUUUGUUUUUCAGUUAUUCAUAUUUAUAAAAGUUGCCAAGUGUUUACAAACUACUAGUUGAUGCGUUUUAAUUUCACUGCAGGAAAUUUUCCUAUUAAAAAAUUAAAAAAAGAGAGAACAGAAACACCCUCACUGGGUUAUUUUAGUGGCCUGUUGGAUCUUUUAACUGCUCAGUUUCCUGUUCUCUUGCUGGAUCAUAGACACUGUUUUUUGAUACUUCUUAGACUAGACGUUGAGGUCUUGUCUUAUAGGUUGAAAUGUGCAAUGUUUCUUCAUGAUAGCAUUUCCAUGUUGUUUUUACUUCUUUUCAGCCUAAUAUGUCUUAAUAAGGGAUAGUUUGAAUAAGAACGUUCUAUAUGUUUUCUUUUGGCUUUUGCACCCAGUGUCAAAGCAAAGGAAAUCAAAAGUAGUAUUUUUAUGUUGUUCAUCCUUCAAGUGGAAGGUUUGUUUUCAUUUGGCCCAGAAUGUUUUUAUUAGAUUGUUUUCGAGUAUAAAUUAUAUGUAAUCUAAUUGUCUGGGAUGUGUGUGUGUCUGAUGCUACAAAAGAUCUGGGACAAUUCACAUCUAUGUUGUGUUGCCUGUGUCUUCAAACUAGGCCUGUAAUAAGAUACAGAGGUUACAGAUGUGCUAAAGGAGACUGUGUGUACAAGGUUAAAUAAAGUUAAAGGGCACUGAAUUCAUAUCCAGGUGUGACUCACUGCACAUGUGACCUGUUACUCAUCUGAGCUCUCUGCAAUUAUAGUUUGUCCCUUUUCUUACACUUUUUGUAUGGCAGCAUAUUGUUUAUUUUACUCUGGAAAUAAAUUAUUUUUCAGAAAAUUCAUACAAAUUUGAGUUCUUUUCUUUUCUUUUGAGUUCUGUUUGUGUGUAAGUGGCUCCAUAGUGUAGUCGUUUACACAUUCGCCUAACAAGUCAAAGCUUGCCAGUUUGGUCCCAGGAGGAGGCACGAGUCCCUUGGGGUUUGCAUCAGGAGGGACAUCAGGUGUGAAAAUCUGCCAAAUCAAAUAUGCAGAGCCAUCCUGUGGUGGCCCCUUGUGAAUAAGGGAGCAGGCAAAAUAAGUUUUAUUUUGCAUGUGUGUAGAGCUGAGUUGUUCAAUGUUUUUAUAAACAACCACUGUUUCUGCUGGCUAGCAGGGGGAGACUCAAGGGGCAAAUUGUCACAAAGUAUGGAGGAGUGUCUACAGCCAUCUGUAAAAUAUGGUGGAGGCUGGGUCAUGGUUUGGGGCUGCAUUUCAGCCAGUGGUGUUGCGGUCAAAGUUGAUAGAAUUAUAUUGGUCAUAUUUUCAUCCACAAUGCAAUACAACCUGUAAAGUGUUGUGGUCUUAACUCAAAAGAAGUAAUGUAUUAUAGCGAUGUGGAGUACUCCAGAUUUUGGUAUCGAUCUGAUACCGAGUAAAUACAACACCGAUGCCUUUAAUGAUACUUUUAACCUUUAAAGGCAGCUUAGGUCAGAGAGAGCAGUGUGUCGUGAUUCAUGAGAUGAAUCAAUUUGCUAAACCUGGAUACAUUUUAAUGGCCACUAAAUCACUGUUUUUAUGCAAUAAUUAGCUAACAUAACGAAAUGCAUCUUUUAACUUUUCAUGUAUUUUAAAACUGGAUUUUCUGGAGACCUGGAAUGCCCACCCUCCAACAGGUCUCGUCAGAUGUCUGCCCCUCCCUGCACCAGGUCCUGCCAGAGGUUUCUUCCUGUUAAAAGGGAGUUUUUCCUUUCCACUGUCGCCAAAGUGCUUGCUCAUAGGGGGUCGUCUGAUUGUUGGGGUUUCUCUGUAUUAUUGUAGGGGUAUUUACCUUACAAUAUUAAGCGCCCAUAUGGGUGGCUGUUGUGUAAGUAAAAUUAAAAUCAAUUUAGUUUAAUUUAAACAUGUCUGUCUCUAAGGCACUUUGGAUCAACUUCUGUUGUUCAAAUGUGCUAUAAGUAAAACUGACAUGAGAGUUGAUACAAAACGAUUCAGACAUUUUUCAUAGUCUGUGUUUAAUGCAAUUUUUUUUUUUCAUUUCUGAAAAACAUAAUUUAUAUAACAUGAUUAUAUUACGUUAAAUAAUAUAAUGCAUAUUUACAGGAUAGAGCAAAGUAUCUAUCCGAUAACAAUACCAGCAUCGGUAUCAAUACUAUCAAUAUUUGGAUUGAUCUGCCCACCUCUGAUAUAUUACACAUUACUCAUUACUUUUUUUUUUUCAA